CCCAGCCCGUGCCCGCCGCGGCCCCGCCAUCUUUGUUGGGGGCAGCGGGGCAGCGUGCAGAGAUGCCGAAGUCGUGCGCGGCCCGGCAGUGUUGCAACCGCUACAGCAGCCGCAGGAAGCAGCUCACCUUCCACCGCUUCCCCUUCAGCCGGCCCGAGCUGCUGCGGCAGUGGGUCCGCAACAUGGGCCGCGGCAACUUCCAGCCCAAGCAGCACACGGUGCUCUGCUCCGAGCACUUCCGGCCCGAGUGCUUCAGCGCCUUCGGCAACCGCAAGAACCUCAAGCACAACGCCGUGCCCACCGAGUUCGCCUCCCAGCACCCCCCGCAGCUGGCGUGGGAGAGCCGCGACGGCGAGGGCGGGAAGGCCGGGUCCGAGGACGCACAGGUCCCACCGUGCCCCGAGGCGGCCGAGCUCCCUGCCCCGAGACGUGCCCGCCCCGCACAGCCCUCGGACCACAGCUACGCGCUCCUGGACGCGGCCACCCUCAAGCAGAGGCUCUUCCGGGCGCUGCGGGACAACGAGCGGCUGCACCGGCGCCUGCGGGCACAGAGGCUGCUGCUGUGGCGGCUCAGCCGCCGCCUCCGGGGCCGCCGGGGGGCUGGGGAGGGCCCGGGCGUGGGGCGCAGGCAGCCGGCGCGGCCUAAUAAACGUGUCCUGCCUUGCUCUCGCCUCGUCCCUGACCCCCGGGGGGUUCUGCCAGGCAGGCACGGACGACAGCAGCCCGGUUUCAGGAAAGGUUUAUUGGGUACAGUCCUUCGGGCGGGCCCGCGGACACGCGUGUCCGGCCGCCCGACACGGCUUCACUGCACGAUUCACAUUCACAGCGGCGGCUGGGGCGGCUCGCGGGUGAGACAGCGCGGAACUGGGGUUCUCUGUUCACAAACAUUACGGCGUGGCCCGAGCGGAGGAGGGGGUCGAAGGAGCAGGGACACGGGCCUCGCCCCGCUCCUCAGACAGGCGGGAGGGGAGGCGGGUGAGGGGCGGCCCGAAGGGCUGGAGUCAGCCCCUGCACCUGCCCCUGGUGCCCCUCGUCCCACUGCGCUGAGGGGCCGGGGGGAGCGCCGAGCUCCCACUCGUCCCUGGCCCGCGGGCGCGGCUGCCCCAGUGGAAUGGUCUGAGAAGGUCGGGGGAAGAGACUAACUCCC